AGAGAGACUAGCACAGUGUGUUUACUUGUUUACUUAACUGUUUUAGUUAAGUAAACAAGUAAUAAGAGUGAACUCUUUAUAGCAGACUGCAAAAAAAAAAAAAAAAUUUUUUAAAGAAAACUAUAUUACAAUAUAUUAUAUUAUAUAUUAUUUACAUUUUUUUAUUUUUGUCAGUUCCAUAAAGUAGCGGUUAGUAUGACUGCCUCAGAAACAGAGAGUCCUGGGGUCGAUUCCCAGAAAAAAACACAUGCUUGGCAGCAUCAAUAUAGUAGAUUUUUUUUUUUUUUUUUUACCAAAUCACAGACUUUCAUCAGAUGAUGAUGAUGAUCGUUUUUUGUUUGUUUUGGUUUUGGUUUCCUGGAGAUUAUCUUGGAGACAGACUGAACUCCAGCAUCUUUACUUCUGGAUCUUCACCCCCCCGUGACGUCUGACUUUGACAGCAGCUGGACUCUGAUUGGCUGCUGACGGCUACCUUCACGUGUCGACCUGGUUCCACGAAUUGUUCCUGGAGAUAUGAACUAAAGUGAAACACUUUUCUUUCCUUCUUCUUUUUUCUUUUUCUUUUCAAAAACGGGUGUGUGAGUGUGUGUGUGUGGGAGAGAGAGAGAGAGAGAGAGAGAGGGAGGGGGAGAAAGGGAGGGAGGGAAGUAAAACAGUAGAAGAUCAUCAGCUCCACUCCGUCUUGUUCUGUAACCACACCCACGGACACAGUUCUCGACACUGCGCCCCGUUUACCUGGUGAAGGAGUUCCGUCUGAGCGGAAAAGGACGAGAAAUUAAAAGUUUAACAAACUACAGGAACCGUUUUCCUCUGGUCACCAUGGACUGAUACUUCCUCCGAUUCUUCAGAUCUUCAGAUCAACUCCUAGUGGUUAAAAAGGGCUUUGUUUGAAGAGAGAUUUGAUUGACAGCCGACAGACAUGGACUGGAAGACGUUCCAGGCUCUCCUCAGUGGCGUGAACAAAUACUCCACAGCCUUUGGAAGGAUAUGGCUGUCCGUGGUGUUCGUCUUCAGAGUGAUGGUGUACGUGGUGGCGGCGGAGAGGGUUUGGGGCGACGAGCAGAAGGACUUCGACUGUAACACCAAGCAGCCCGGCUGCGCCAACGUCUGCUACGACUUCUUCUUCCCCAUCUCCCACAUCCGCCUGUGGGCGCUGCAGCUCAUCUUCGUCACGUGUCCGUCCUUCAUGGUGGUCAUGCACGUGGCGUACCGGGACGACCGCGAGCGCAAGUACAGGGCCAAGCACGGAGAUGAAACCAAGCUCUACAAAAACACGGGCAAGAAACACGGCGGUCUGUGGUGGACCUACGUGAUCAGCCUCUUUGUCAAAACCGCCAUCGAGAUCUCCUUCCUCUACAUCCUCCACUGGGUCUACGACAGCUUCUACCUGCCCAGGCUGGUCAAGUGUGAGGUGUCUCCCUGUCCAAACCAGGUGGACUGCUACAUCGGCCACCCCACGGAGAAGAAGGUCUUCACCUACUUCAUGGUGGGGGCUUCGGCUCUCUGCAUCAUCCUGAACAUCUGCGAGAUCAUAUACCUGAUCUCCAAGCGCAUCGCACGGUGUGCCAACAAGAUCAAGAUGCGCCAUCGCAACAUGGCCGUGCACCACGACGACUACCGCGACGAACCCUUCAACAACUGCAACCUGCGGUCGUCCAAGCUGGAAGAAAAGGAAAAGCCCCCUUUCUUUAAGGCCACCGCUUACGCCCUGCCGUUCGCACCCACGCUGAAACUCCAGGACAAGAUCCGCGCUUCGGCUCCAAACCUGACCAUAGAGUCAUGAUCGAAGCCUGAAAUCAGAACACAGACUGGGAGCAAAGCAGUGUUGGAACUAGACUCUGGUAACAGACUGAACCUUACCAGUCAAAACCAGAAAAAGACCCUGACCCUGAGUCGGUCAGUGGACCUGGACUCUUCUGGUCACUGCACCACAGCAUGAACCCUGGUUUCUACGUCGACAUCCACAAUUUUUACAAGUCACUUUUUUUUAACCAAAAAUGUAAGAUGUUUUCUUUUGAAUACAACAAAGAACUUUGUGCCUUUUUAUCGUCACAGUUUCCCUUCUGUCAGACUGUCCAAUGUUCAGUUUCACCCUUUCCGACAUGGGGAGGAAAUGAAGCCGCACAUUUGAACUCAGGACACACCUGGCAGAAGUAUUCCCCCCUCCCUGCCUACAGUGUCUUCUAUGAGUAUUACGUGUAACGUACAUUCCAAUCAUCUCUUGUUGAAUUUACACUGAAAUGACUUCUUCAUGCGACAGCUUUGUCGUCCACAUGAUCUCAAGUGUUUAUGAAAGACAAACAAGUUUAGUGCUGGAGUGCAGACGCUCCCAACGCCCUGGACUUACGGCUGGUUAUUACUUGAAAACGUAGAAAAACUGGCCAAAUAUGACUUUUUUUCUUUUCUUUUCUUUUCUUCUUGAAAAGUUACAUCCUGUAAAUCAAUGUAUCAUCAGCGUAUUUCUUUAUGUUUGACACAGUGUAGAGACAAGCAUGCUCUCAGGUUUUGUGCUCAGCCACAAAUUAUACAUAAAAAUGUACAAAUAUAAAUAUAAACAGCCGGGUUCAUUAGACAAACUAGUCUGGGUAAAAAAAAACAAACAAAACAGAGUUGACAGAGUGGGCAAAUAGAACGCUGCUGUUUAACUUUGUUUCUGGAGCUGGAGCAGAGUGAACGAGUCAACACGACACACGCAGGUGUGUCAUGUGACCGCGUGAGUCUCUGACCCUCCACUGUACAUGUCACAUGUACAUGCGUAUGCUGCACUUGGUAUAUUUUUUAUAAAUAAAUUAAGUUUAAAGAUAUUUGAUGAAGUGUUUGUAGAGUUUGUCCUGUUGUUAAAGAUGGUUAAUUUAUUAGAUUAAAAUCUCAACAUUUUUUCCUAUUGCUGGACGGUUGAAUUUACGCCAACGUUGCUGGAUUAUCUGUUGGUACAUACUCAUCAUGACAACUCCAGUGUCCAAUGAGUCAGCCAUUUCACCAAUGUUUCUCAACCACUGUGUCGCAGCACCAUAGUGGGCCAGAAAACUAUUACAUCAUUUCUCAUUGUUUGUCUAAGCAAUAGUGACAGGCAGAAAAAUGUAAUUCUCCUCCACUAGGUGGCAAUUUAUGGCUUAAAAAAUAAUAAUAAAAAAAAAAAUCCCGAGACAUUUUAAAAUCUUUGUGCAUCUUUCUUCAAUUCCUCUGACUAUAUUAGUGUUGUGUUCAACUAAACAGGCCCAAGUUUCACAUCGAGUGAUUUGAGUAAAUUUAAAAAUCAAGAUUACUUUUUGUGACAGUUUUGUUUGCUUGGCGCACCCUGGGAUUUGUCUAACGCAAGUGUGAGAUCAGCAAUGCUAGUUUAAAUGAUCCGUGAAUCAUGGUGACGUGCUGUUUUUCCAUCAUACAUACAUCAGUUUCUGUGUUGCAAAGUCUCGUAGUCAAGAAUCUCAGUCGGCUUGUCAGACCCGACAGUCAGGUUUCUCCGAGGUGCGGCCAAGAAGAAGGUUUUG